AUGUUUGUUGUGUUUCUGCUGUGCAUUGUCUUUCUGGUCUGCUCAAAUAAGGUUCCCGUAGAGAAACUCACAGGCCUGGAGAAUCUUCUCCAGACUACAUCUUUUAAUUACCUUUUUCUCUGUCUCGCAGACUCUGCAACAGCAUGUUAUAAAUGUAAAAAAUAUCAUCUUGGGUUAUGCUAUGACACCAUGAAGAUCUGCAUCCUAAAGCACCAACAGUCCUGUGCUAUUGAGAACCUUUACUUCCUUACGAGAAAAGGGAGAAGUAUGUAUUAUUAUUCCAAACUGUCAUGUAUGACCAACUGUGAGGACAUCAACUUCUUGAGUUUUGAGAAAAGAAGAGAGCUCAUCUGUUGCAGACAUAAUAACUAUUGCAACCUCCCUGAGGGAGUUUAAUUCUAUAUCUCUCCUGGACUUGGGGUCAUUCUUCAACUCACCAUCCCCUAGUCUCUUCCCCCAGACCUGUAUUUUGCUUUCCUCUUCCAACCACUGGUAGAGAGUGAGAGAGAAAGCCAGCUAGUGAGGUCACAAGGAGAGAAUGGAGGGUAGCUGAGUCUCAUUAAUGAUGGAAGACUAAACUAGACUGAAGUUUUGCAAAUCCCUGUUGCUCACAUCUGGCAGUUUGGAUUUCCUUAUGAUGGAAAUAGGGUUGCCACAAAUACAGUUGGGUUUGGAACUGGUUAUUUAUUAUCUCCUAAUAUGGUAAUGCAAAGAAUUGGGUCAAAAUAGUCACAAACUUGUACCAAGAACUCUCUGGCCAUACUUUAUGCUCAUCUAUAUCCACUCCUCUGGUUGGAAUUGAGAUUCUCUUCGGAUUAGCCCUGACACCUUCUGGUGCUCUCCUUUCGGCCAUGGGUUAUAGAGAUAAAAGAAAAAAUAGCUCUGGCUUCCCAAUUUGUGGGCAACGUGAGCCAUAUCUUUCUUUGGUAGGGCUCUUAGAGGAGGGAAAUCUCAGGCAGACAGAAAGCUGGACAGGCAUAAGGAUGAGGCAUCAAAGAAAGGGCAUUUCAGUUUGUGGAAACUAAGAUUUGAGAGACAAUUUGGUGUGGGUGAAAUUGGCUUAAAUGAUCAGGGCCCUGGAUGGCCAGGUGACCAGCUAGCACCAGAUUGGAAAAGGUGAUUUAAUUGGGAAUGGAGACCUUCUGCAAGAAUGGUCAGUCAGUCUCUCCUUAUAAAAAUGAGGUAAGGGGCGCCUGGGUUGCUGAGUCAGUUAAGCAUCUGACUCUUGAUUUGGGUCCCGGAUAAGGACUCGCAGUUUGUGAGUUCUAACCCCGAGUCGGGCUCUGUGCUGACAGCAUGGAUCCUGCUUGGGAUUCUCUCUCUCCCUGUCUCUCUGUCCCUCCCCCGCUCAUUCUCUCUCUCUCUUUCUCUCUCUCUCUCUUUCUCCUUCUCUCUCUCAAAAUAAAUAAUAAAAAAAAGGAUGAGGAAAAAAUUGAGAAAAAUAAAGCAGGUGGCACAGUAGUUGAAGACAAUAGAAAUGAACAGAGAUGCCAUGAGGUAGUGUUGUAGUUACAAAGUGUCCUAUAUAAGAUGCCAUUAUGAGUAAACUGAUGGUAUGAGAUAGCAGAAGUUAAUAGUGGUGGCAAGAGAGGCAGGCAGACAGAGUGAAACAAACAGGCAGAGAGAAAUGGAGUAGGAUUGAUGGUGGAAUGUGACCAAGGUGGUGAAGCUUUCUUGGAUACAGAAUAAUCCUGGCAUUUCUCUCCUUAUAAGGCCUACUGCAGUUCCUGGUCCUGGAUUUCCAUGAGCUUUUUUCUCCUUUAUUAGGCCUUGUAAAAUUCUUUUUUUUUUUUAAAUGUUUAUAAUUAUUUUUGAGACAGAGAGAGACAGAGCAUGAGUGGGGGAGGGGCAGAUCGAGAGGGAGACACAGAAAUUGAAGCAGGCUCCAGGCUCUGAGCUGUCAGCACAAAGCCCGACGUGGGGCUUGAACUCCUCAACUGCAAGAUCAUGAGCUGAGCUGAAGUCGGACGCUCAACCGACUGAGCCACCCAGGCGCCCCAGGCCUUGUAAAAUUCUUAACAAUAAACCAACUACCCCUCUACUUGAGUAGUUUGGUGCAUUCUGUCUGUGUCUGAGAAUAUGAUCCUUUCUGAGGAAUUCUCAGUUGGGAUUUUACAGAGCCAGGAUGAAGCAAGACAUAAAGAGAACCUUUUCAAAAUGGACAGAUUGGAAAAGCCAGUGUAAUGUGGAUAUUUUGAGUUACGGAAAGAACAUAUUUUUAUUCCUAGUUGCACAGGGGCUUGCUCACCUAUGGAAUCAUGGGGAUGGAAGACAUCAGUCUAGGGGGGAAAAGGAGAGAGACCGAGAUCAUUGUUUUGCUUCUGCCUCCCAGCUGCAUUGAGUGUUGGCUUAUGACAACUGAUAGCUAUUUGCUCUGCAGACUUGCCCUCUGCCAAAUAGGAGCUGCUUUGCCAAGAUGUUCAACUCCCAACUUGAGCAUAGACCACAGCCAACAAAUGGCAGACUCCUUGCAUCGAGAUGGGAUGGAGCCUGUGGUGCAAUUUGUGCUGCAGAGCUUUUCCAGGGGAUCUGACCAAAGCCAGUCUCCCAGCUGAGACCAUGUACUUGUUAAUAUUCCGUCCCCCUGCCGACCUCCCUUGCUUCUGUUUUUCCCCCCUCCAAUUGUAAGAAGACCAUAUAUUUUCCACCAUCACUGUGAAUGAUGCUCUAAAACGAGAAGUUGGGUUAGAAACUGAAGUUACAUUCUGGUACCUAUGAGUGACGGUGUGUAUAAGAUAUAAAUGGAUUCAUCCUCAUGAAUGAGGAGAAUCUUUCUUAUUUGGCUUCCUACCUAAAAGUGCUUCAAGCUUGGAUAUUACCUCUUGGUUCACCCCAUCUUCAGAUUUUCUUCUUAGUCCCAUUUUCCAUCUUGAACAAAUGAACACAAUAAGACCUAGGUGAAAAUUUCUUUAUCCACACGGUACCACCCCAACUAUCAAUCCUCCAAUGCACAUGCUCUUUUUUCAUAUAUGCAUGUAGUUGUGCAGGAGUUUUUUCUUCACAUACCUUUUAAAAGACAAUAAUUUGACUACUAAUCUAAGUGUUAACUUGGAGUUGACUGCUAAGUAAUUCAUACAACCUUAUACAUUAGACCAAAAUAAAUGUCACAUGUAUUAAAGAUUUAAAUGCCAUAAACAAAAAACCUGGGGCUCCUGGAUGGCUCAGUCGGUUGAGCAUCUGACUCUUGAUUGUGGCUCAGGUCAUGAUCUCACAGUUGUGGGAUUGAGCCCUGCGUAGGGUCCGUGCUGAGCAUGGAGACUUCUUGGGAUUCUCUCUCCCUCUCUCUCCACCCCUCCUCUCCUC